GAGAGAGAGAGAGAGAGAGAGAGAGAGAGAGACUAAAACCUACUCGGUUCUGCUCGCCUCUCAACGCAGCGUUAGUUCUCCUGUGUACAGGAUGGAGUUUGUACUAUCUGUGAACUUUUACAUCGCUGUGCUCACUGCUGUUUUCUUCUUAUUCUGGAAGAGUCGGAGAAAAGGAUGUCAGAAGGCUUAUGAGAGGCUGCCUCCAGGUCCCCCUCCUGCUCCAGUGGUGGGAAACUAUUUUCAGCUGCGAGGAAAGGAGCCGUACAAGCAUUACCUUCAGUUUAGUAAAAAGUAUGGCCCUGUUUUCACCGUCUGGUUUGCUAACACUCCUGUUGUGGUGAUCUCUGGAUACCAAGCCUUAAAGGACUCCAUGAUUGGCAUGGGUGAAGAGUUUAGCGGUCGGGCGAACUAUCCCCUCUUACUGAAGGUCUCCAAUGGAUAUGGUGUUUUGGUCAGCAAUGGAGACAGGUGGAAGCAACUGCGGAGAUUUUGUAUCACGACUCUGAAGGACUUUGGCAUGGGUCGACAAAGCAUUGAGGAAAAAGUGAGAGAAGAGACCAGUUAUCUGGUGCAAACCUUCAGCACUUUUGGAGACUCUGCAUUUAAUCCCAAAGACCUGAUAUCUGAGGCAGUGUGCAAUGUGAUCUGUUCAGUUAUGCUCGGCCACAGAUUUGAAUCUGAUGAUCCUCUAUUAAAACUUUUCAUCACAGCUGUUAAUAAAUACUUCCAUUUUCUGAAUAGUCCUACUGGUCAGGCCUACAACAUUUUCCCAAAAAUUGUUAGCUUCUUUCCUGGAAAGAUCCAUGAUGUGCUUUCAGCUGUGCAGGAGACAAAAGCUUCUUUAAAACGUGAGGUAGAGGCACGGUGGAAGACACUGGAUCCUUCCGCACCACCACAGGACUUCAUUGAAGCCUUCCUUUUACGAAUGGAGGAGGAGAAACACAAUCCCAAUACAGAAUUUAAUUAUGAAAACCUGUUGUCCACGUCAUGGAAUCUGUUUAGUGCUGGCAUGGAAACCACCUCCUCCACCCUCAGACAAGGCCUACUUUACAUGAUGAAACAUCCAGAUAUCCAAGCAAAAGUCCAGAAGGAGAUUGAUGAGGUGUUGGGGCCACACCGGAGCCCCUCUAUUGCUGACAGACAGAACAUGCCAUACACAGAUGCAGUCGUUCAUGAGAUCCAGCGCAGCAUAGAUCUCGCCCCUACCUCUGUUCCACAUUACAUGCUUAAUGAUACAGAGUUUAACAACUAUUUAAUUCCAAAGGGAGCCAUAGUUCUUCCUCUACUGUCCUCUGUGCUUUCUGACCCCAAACUUUGGAAGAACCCAGAUUGUUUUGACCCAGAGAAUUUCCUGGAUGAAAAUGGCCGAUUUAAGAAGAAUGAUGGAUUUGUUGCAUUUGGAAUGGGAAAGCGAGCCUGUUUGGGUGAGGCGAUGGCCCGGGUGGAGCUCUUCAUCUUCUUUACGUCUCUCCUCCAGCACUUCACCUUCAAGGCCACUGUCCUGCAGGAGGAGCUCGACACCACUCCUCUGAUCUGCUGCUUUGGACGCAUGCCGCGUUGUUUCGAAUGCUAUGCUGUUCGCAGGACGUAGACAUCAGAGAUAAUUAUUUAAUGAUACAGUCUUUAAAAAAUAUUUUAGUCAUUAUAAGAGAGAACAAACACCUCAUGAAUAGACUCUUUGUUAGGGAUUUUUAGUUUAAGAUACAGGUAAAUGUGACCCGGUGCUUGUAGAAUGGGGUGAUAUAUUUGCUGCACUGUAGACAGGCCUGUUGCAACAGAGCAAGCAAACCAGUCAAUUGCUUAGAGCCCUGAGCUGGCCUGGGAUCCCCAGACAAUGACCAAGGAUAAUUCCAUGCAUCAUAUAACCAGACUGGAACAUUCAUGUCUACUAGUAUCCAUGCACACCAGCGUUUCACUGUCUUUAAAGCACUAGGUGCAUCUGCAACUUUCAAACAGCAGAAAUCUGUUUAAAUCUGAUAUGUUAAGCUAUAAGUUGUGUGCUAAACAUAAACAUUAGCUUUGAGUGAGUGUUUUUAAGGAUUGGUAGUUGCGAACGCAGCAGGUAAUGCUAACUCACCGUAUCUUUUCGGUGGACAUUUUGCUGGAUAUUUUUCUGCAUCCUUCAGAAACUGUGCACAGUAAUAGUUUUAAAUGUUGUUGGGUGGGAUCUAUUUAGCUUAUGGCCCCCAAAUGCCUUGAAACAGCCCUGACCUUGGAUCACCAAAAUGUGCACAUGAGAAAUGAACAAUAAGAGCAUCUGGAUUUAUUUGAUCAUCAUUAUCAUCUUCACCAAUGCAAUAUUUUUACAUUGUAGAUGCAAAUUCUUACUGAACCAUCAAAUAAUGAACACUUUGGCAACAUUACUGUCAGACACAGAGCCAGAAGGGUGAUGUGAAGCUUAUUGUCAGCAGUGGAAAAUAAUAAAUGUUUUUUUUUUAAAUACAUACCUCUCUGCUUCCAGUAGAUGGCGCCUGUUUCUCGGAUAUGGAGUGACCUUGAAGAAAAAUGUAAUAAAUACACUGACUAGGUGGUGGGACACACAAGAUUACUCAAUUGUAGAUCAAUAGUCGUAGUGGUGUGUGUGGGUGUGUAUAGGGGGUAAUAUUCUUGUAAUAUUACCUUCCAGAAGAAGAAAUGUAUUAUUAAUGCAUGUUGUGUCACAGUGGAAGAUUAAAGCUGGAUCCUGGAGCGAGGGUUUAUAAUAGGGCCAAGCAGAACCGAAUGUUGGAUUCUUAAGACAAUAAAAUAAGUUGUAUGGACUCCACCAUCAGUAA